UCCAUCUCCGCAUGAGCCAGCCAAGGUUGAGCUCGGUCUUUCGGCGGCGUCGUUCGACUACCUCGCCUCGUCUCUAGCAAAAUGGUACUUGCGAAUGCGGCAUUGGCAGACAACCAUCAUCGUCAUCGUACCUCGGCAAACGGUAACUCGGAAGGCAUCGUGAUACGUAAUUUAGUGGACGGUGAGACCUUGACUUAUAGCUUGGCCCUGAUACGAGGUCAUGCACCCGCGCUAUGCAGUUAUAUUACCGUUCGAGGUCACAAGAACGUGACUUCGGAGUGGCCGAUCAUCGCCGGGCAAUUCCGUGUCUUGGUGGAUCUGGCACGCGGUCCGAACAAAUUAGAACUCGAGGCAGGCGGAUAUAGAAGAAGAUUGGUCCUCAUAUACGAACCGAGAACCACCAGACUACGGGUGACACCGGUCUACGUCAUCUGUGCAGGUCACGAUGGUUAUUUUCAGGGUCCGCGUAAUGAAGAUCGAUCACCUGAAAGUGCGGCAACGAGAAUAGGGCUCGGUGCCAGACUUCUGCAGACACUGACAGCCGAAAAGCUCUUAGAAGCCGGUUAUGACAGAAAAACCUUUCAGUUAGAAAGAGACUUGGAUGGUCCGGAAUGUUUGGUGAUGCACAGUAUGCUUCACGUCGAUCAGGCACGAGCGAUGAAGCAAAGAGAAUUGUGGGAGUUAAUCGCACGAGAGCUGAUGACUGGUCCCUUAGCGUCCAAAGAUCGCAAAUAUUUAGCAUUUUUGUCAUGCACAAGAUAUCGCGGCGCACCUAGCCCUCGCACGCACGAAGACACUUUAGCGAGAACGCAAGGUCACGCAGCUCUCGGUGGAGGCGGUCUAGCGCUCUUUGGUUCAGCAUGUCUUCACACCUGGCCUACAUGUAUGGCUCAGGUAUUAUCAAGAUUCUUAGACACCACUAUCAUAGAUACCGAGCAACUCAUGGAUGAUAGUAAUUAUCGUGGCACGCAUGGUGGUUGUUUGGCAACGACGCUAGGUUCCGUCCUACACGAACUUGGUCAUACCUUCGAUCUCGGUCACACCCGAGAGGGGAUAAUGGGUCGAGGAUUUGACUACGUCGAUAGAGUUUUCGUGGGUGCGGCUGGAAUCGAUUUCAAUCGUAAUCCUAUUAGAAGGGAUCCUCAACAUACGACAAUCGCCCUUAGUAGACCCCUCAGCGUUACAGUAACUGUGCAAGAAUCCGCGCUAUCAAGUCCACGAAGAGGUAGAUUGCUCUCGGAAACUUCUAGAACUGCACCAUCGCCUACUUCGAGACAGUUGCCUGGAAGACUUUCAGCACCAGCUAGUCCUGAACUUAACAGAUCUCUCUCUAAGAGUCUGAUUGCUUUGGAACCUCCUUCGCAACCUGAUCGGACAUUCUGGGGUUCAUCGUGUGCGGCAUUACUCGCGUAUCAUCGCUGGUUUAACAGCGAAAUGGAUAAUUUUUCCAAUAGGAUCCAUCAUCACGAAAUAAAAUACGAUGGAAAAAGGAACGUGGUGAGAUCGCGAUAUGGAGUACGAGUGAUAGAGCUUAGAGAAACAUCAGGAGGAAUGGUUGUGGGUUUUCGUCAAUUUCCUGGCUUACGACCACCUUUGGAGGCGUUAGUUCCACCACCUCCGCUCCACUGCCUUACCACUCUUACUCUCGUUGCCGAAGACUCCAUUGGAAAUGUGCUCAAACAUCCUCUUCCUACUGCCUUUUAAAGGUCAGCAGAAACAAUGAUGUGUAAUUUUAUUUUCUAGUUCGGCAAAGGUCGUAAGCAAUAUCAGCUUAAUAUAUAUUAAUAUAUUGUAAAUUAUCCAAAGAUAUAUUUUUUAUUCAUUCUUCGUUUAAAAGUUUAUUUUAAUUAAAUGUGUACAGAAACGUAUUUCUUGUUAAACGUAUCUCUUAUGCGCUAAUUAUAUUUGUUGAUAAAUCUGCAUAGAUAGAACUAAUGCAAGAUAUUUUUAGACAUAUACAUACAUAUACACAACAUAAUAAAUAUAAUACUG